UCAGGAAGGCAGGGGCAAAAGAGUAAUUUAGGUGAGAGACUCCCAUUGCUCGCCCACUGGUUCAUGCUCUGCUCUCUUCCAGAUAAAGCGAAGCAAAGCCUCCACCGAUUUCUAUUCCUUUUUCCACCCAAACAAUAAUAUACUCUUCCUCUCCCUCUCUGAAGUUGCCUCGUGCUCUGCUUCGGUUCCGAGGUGCGGCCAUUGCUGCUGAUUGAUGGCGAUGGAGGGACCUAUUCGAUGCCGUCCAGCAAUGCAAGCGAAACUGCCCGCUGCGCUGAUCAGCAACUCCCUGACCAAAUCUGGGCAGCUUGGAACUGCAUUCUUGGGUGCCAUGUCUAAGUACAGGAAUAUCACUAGAUUCGUUUCUCCAAUCUCUCAGCCAUCUGUGAAGAACCUCGGUCCAUGCUGUAGCUUUAGCUCAUCUUCUGAUGGUAAUGGAUACAUGGCCGGAAACUUCAGUGAGAGUGAUGAAGAUUAUGUUAAUUCUACUGUGCUAGAAGCAGUUGAGGUGAGAAGUGGGCCAGAAGGAUAUAUCAUCAAGAUGCGAGAUGGGAAAAACUUGCGAUGUGUGCAUAACAGUUCUCAAGGGAGAAAUAUUCCAGAGAGUGCACCACAACCUGCUAUUGUUUUGAGGAUUGAAGAUGGAAGUGAAACUUUACUUCCAAUCAUUGUUUUGGAGAUGCCAAGUGUACUUUUGAUGGCAGCUAUUCGCAAUGUCCACAUUGCGCGGCCUACCAUAUAUCAAGUUGUCAAGGAAAUGAUUGACAAGAUGGGUUAUGAGGUAAAACUUGUUCGGGUAAACAAAAGAAUUCAAGAAGCAUACUGUGCUGAACUUUAUCUAACAAAGAUUGAAGAUCCUACAGACAGUAUCACCUUUGAUCUUCGACCUUCAGAUGCUAUCAACAUUGCUGUUCGCUGCAAGGUUCCUAUACAAGUCCACCGAAGUCUUGCAUACAGUGAUGGCAUAAGACCAGUUGAACCAGCAAGAAUGACGGUAGCAGCUGGUCUAUCAGAGGGGUUGUUGUUUACAGAACUUGACAGACCUGAUGGACAGCCCUGCGUUGAGGCUCAAGAGUUUGGAUUGGUGCGGAACAUGCUUAUUGCAGCUGUUGAAGAGAGAUACAAGGAUGCGGCAUCAUGGAAGGACAAACUGAUGCGGCUGAGAUCUGAGCGGAAGAACUGGGCCUGACAGCGUGGAUUGUCUGGAUGGUGUAAAUAAAGAUGAUGCCCUGCUGAAUUCCAGCUGCAUUCCAGAUGACUGGUGCUGCAUAUGGUUCUAUGUAACUACCUGUACAUAUUAUAUGGACCUAAGAACUAGCUCAUACUAAGCUUCAAAGCAAAAACUAAUUCAUGGAAGGAUAAAAAUGUGUCAUGUUUGUGAGCACGGAUA